CCUCACCCCUCACACAGUUUCAGAGGAUCAGAGACUCAAUUGACCACAACCACUGCGGCCACCAUCAGCACGUUCACGAAAUUCAAAUCUGUAACUGGUACAAAAGAUAAGAAAGCGCCUCAAGAAGCGGAACAGCACUUGGCAGUUGGAAGAGAGGCUGGAAAGACAGCGAGGAGCAGACACCAUGGCAGACUUUCCAGGCCAAUUGCACAUGGCAAUGCCACCCUACAACGACUCGGUUCUUACAAUUACGGACAGCAGCUGUGCAGAUCCUUAUGUGCUAUGGGACAAGGGAACUUACUACAUGACGUUUACCUGCGGCGGACACAUUGAGGUAUGGUCUGCCGAUUCCCUCUUCGAUUUUGAAAAGAAGUGCAAGAAAGAAGUCAUCUGGCGCCCACCGCCAGACCAGCCCUACUCUGCCGACCUGUGGGCUCCAGAACUACAUUCACUCCAUGGACGGUGGUAUGUGUACUUCGCUGCCGACGAUCCAAAGCAUGGCAACCGCACCCAUCGCAUGUAUGUCCUGGCUGGGCCUCCAGCGGAAGAGAACCCCCUAGAGCCUAGUAAAUGGAACUUUCAUGGUCGUCUAGCCGGCUUGCCAGAGGACCAAUGGGCCAUCGAUGGCACCGUCAUCACGCUCCACGGCUCCAUGCUUUUUGCAUACUCCGGCUGGCCCCUUGGAACACACUCCGAUGAAUCGCGACAAGAAAUCUUCAUCAUCGAAAUGGUUUCCCCCACCGAAUGUACGGGGCACCCCAUCCGUAUAAGCACGCCAGACCUACAAUUCGAGUUCUCGGGGAAAAGCGGGAUCAAUGAGGGUCCGCAGUUCUUGUGUUCGCCGGAUGGAAAGUGGAUGGGCCUUGUGUAUAGUUGUGCAGGAAGCUGGACGCAUGAGUACAAGAUGAAUGUGUUGUAUUACACUGGUGGACAUCCUCUGGACCUGAGGAGUUGGGCAAAGUCGAACAAUCCCCUGCUCCAGGCGAGUAAAGAUGAUAGUCCACCGUAUGGCCCCGGACAUGGCAACUUCGUCCUCAUCAACGGUCCAGCAGGUCCGGAAGUGUGGGGUGUCUUCCAUGCUACGGAUGCCAAGACGGGGUGGGAAGGAAGGAAGGCGCGCGUCAUGCGCGUAGGCUGGGGUCAGGGGGGUCCUUUCAUGGGCAGCGGAGAAUGUGGACGUUGCUGUGGUGAGGUGAGCCACUUCAUCCAGGGCUGCCCAGGAGGUGAUUGUGGUGGCAAGGGGCAUUGCGGUGGCGAUGGAGGAGGUGGCGGUGCGUUCUUGGAACCUGGAAAGCAAGGCGGAGGUAGUGGAAGCGCAAAUUUGACCCACGAAGUGAAGCAUCUGGUGAAGGAAGGGAAAGGGUUUAUUAGUAAGUUUCUCAAGUAAAGUGUCUACAAAUGAAACAGAAGGACGGUUUGAUUAUGGAACCGCGUUGCGCGUUGCAGAUCCCUAGCUUAUAUGAGCAGAGCUAUUAACUUGUCAGUGCUUUUAGGCCCUGCAUUAGGGCUUAUCAGCAUGCGACUUGUCUUUCUUGAUCUGUUGGGUCGUUUUCCAAUGUGGUCGAUGCUGACUCGCUUAUUAUAGUUGAGAGCUCAUCAACUUUGCACAUACGCAUGCAAUACGAGGGAAUUUGACAUGUGCAGCUGCUUCGAUGCUUUGCAUUAC